UGAGCGCAGCGAAGUGAACGCUGGGCAAUGUGUUGAGCGGUUAAAUAAGAAAAGUGCCUACCUACAACAAGUAGGAAAAAUCCCAGCUAGUAUUCUGCGGCAGUUCAUUCAGCGAUAAGCGUUCGAGCUGUCAAGCUCCCAAGCUCCUUCAGCUCCUCCAGCCAACCCAGCCAGUGUGGCCAGCUCUGUUGUCGUUGUCGCUGCUGUCUUCGUUCUGGUGCGUGGCAAGCCAAGUCCAACAUAUGGCAACAGCCAGCAGCACAAGCAUCGAUGCUAAAAUGCAGGCCGCUUAUCAUGAGAACUGUGCGCACUUCCUCUGCUGGUGGGCCGAUUAUCAUGGCAAGCAAUGUACAACAACAGCAACAACAGCGGCGGCAACACACAACAACUAAAGUGCAACAGCAGCGGCAGCAGCAACAGCAGCGACAACGGCAGCAGACAGCAGCAGCAACAGUGGUGCAGCGACGGCAACAAGGAGAAUGGUCUAGGCAGCGACUGCAACAACAACAACUGCAGCAGCAACAGCCUCAACAACACAAUCUUAUACGCAGCCAGCAGCAACAACUUGAGGCGACGCCGUCGACGUCGCAGCAGCAACAGCGUCGCCGUCGCCUACUGAUCGAGAGAUCGAGGAGACAGGUGAAGAAAGCGGAAAGCGGAAGCGGUGGCUGCGGCCGCAUUUGCUGCAACCUGGAUGCACUGAGGCAACCAUUGAGGCAGCUGCAGUUCGGUUCUCUGUCGGCGCUACUGUUGCUGUUGUUGCUGGCCACACAUGGAGAUUCUGUUCAGGCGGAGGGCAAUGUUGGCUGCCAGUUUGUUAGGACGCUUUGCAUACCCCAUUCCGAGGUCUGCUACGAUGACAACAUCUUUGGCAAGUGCAUUCCCACCACCGGCGUGGACGUUGAGGACAUUGAGAAGACACCACUCACCGAGGACCAAUCACGUCUUCUGGCCACAAUGCUGGAGGAGCUGCAGGGCGCCGGCCUAGGCUGGGAUCAUCACUAUGUGCAGUGCCGCAUCCAGGGAGCGCUCUUCUCGCUGCAACGCCAACAGCAACUGCCACCGAAUCUGUGCGCCAAUCUGGCGCCGGUACAGUCCGAAUUCGAUGCCGACCCGGUCAGUGCUUUGGCCUAUGUACGCUUCUCGCCACCCGAACAACAGCAGCAGCAGGAGCAGCUCGAUGGGGGCAACGUUGACUACUUCGAGGAGCAGCCGCAGGCUCAGAGACCCGCUCAGUUCUAUCCGAUGUUGCACAAGAAGCAGCCACAGGACAGUGGGUUCAACAGCAUACUGCAUGAGUUGCAGCUGCAGGAUCGUCGACGACUGCGUCACGAUCCGCUCGAGUUGGAGCACUUUGGCAAGCUGGACGGGCACACGAAGAGCACGCAAAUGGAGCUGCCCAGUGUAAUGGAUGCCUUCCUGGAAACGGAACGGCAGCGCAUUGAGCGGGAGCAGCAGCUGCGCAUGGCCGAGCAGGAUGCCAAUCAGAAGGCAGAACAGCAGAAUCAAUUGGAACUCUAUCAGAUACUCGCCGCAUCCGAGCCCGAUCCGCAACCGUAUCAGCGUAAGCAGCAGCCCGCCAAUGCCAUGGAUCAGCUGGAAGCCAUUGUUGAGCAGCAGCAGAAGCAGCAACAGCAGCUGCAGAAGCAACAGCUGCAGCAACAACAGCAGCAGCAAAUGUCCGAUGCUGAUCAGCCGCAGAGGCAGAUCUUUGUGCCCGGCGAGGUAAACGAAUCGAGUGAGCUCUAUUUUCCCGACAACUAUGCGCCCUUCAAGCGUCGCGGAGAUGCCGCGGAUGCAGUGGAGCAGCCCAAGCGUUCCUUCUUUCGUGAGCUGGCCAACGAGCAGGGUUUACCCCAGGAGCCGUUGGUCGAGUUGCAAGAGCAGCCGGAGAUGAUGAAGCGACGUCCCAGCGACAACGAUAUCAAUGCCCAAGAGCAAGAGCUGGCCUUUGAGUCAAGUUUGCGUCGCAAUUCGCUGACACCGCUGGAGGAGGAGGCCAUGUUGGCCUCCAAUAGCUAUCCGCGCUCGCUGCACAAUCAACGCGUCUACACAGAGGGAGGACUGCUGAUGAUGCCACAGGAUGAGCUACUCGAUGCCCCACAAGCGGAUGAUCCCGCCGACCUCAAACAGUCGCUGCUCGCCAAUAUGUUAGGCUUUGCCCGUCACGAGCGACUCGAUGUAAAGAAACCGGGACCGCAACUGGGGCCACCAGCUGAGCUGAGCAAUGAGCUAGGCACGGAGAAGCCGAAACCGAAGAGCGAAGAUGGCAACAAGGAGGUGCUGCCCGCGCACAUCAAGGGCGGCGAUGUCAACGAACCCUUCAAGAAGAAGAAGGUCAUCAAGGAGCAACACUCGGACGAGGAUCAUGCGCCGCACACCGUAGACACUGAAUAUGCACAUGUGUUCGUCAAGAACCCAAUCGACAGUUGGUACGAUGGGCAGCGCAUUAUGAAUGAGCUGGCGCAAAUACUACACAUGCAGGGAUACUUUUCUUAUUUAACCGUUCAACCACACGAAGUCAGCUUCCGGGUUGACUCAAACAACCCCGAGCGCAAGACGGCCGCCGAUGUGGCACGCUACAUCAACGAGAACCGCGGCGUCAAGAACAACAUCCAGCGACGGGUUGGCUUCUACGUUCUGCACGCUGGCGUCGGCGACAAGGUCAAGGAUCUGCGGGAUCCCAGCGUGUCGGCAUCACGCAUCGAGCUAGCCGAGCAAGGUCCCGACGUUACACACAUUAUGGCUUACAUGUUUGCUGGUGCCGGGGCAGCGGCUGUGAUUGUGAUCUUUGUCACCUUGAUACUGAUUAAGCGUCACGAUCGCAAGCGCGACAAACUGGGUGGCUUGCAGUCGGGAAUCUCGGGUGCCGAGAGUUGCAGCAAGGACUACCAGGACUUGUGCCGUGCACGCAUGGCGGGCAAGAAUGGAAACGCGACACCCGGCACAGGCAAUGGUGGUAAUGGUGGAGCAACUGCAUCGGAAACAGCGCACAGUGGACGCAUCACAUCGCUGAGCAAGGAGAACGAGGGUCGGCCACCAUCCUCGCGCUCAAGCACCUCAUCGUGGAGUGAGGAGCCGGCGCUGACGAACAUGGACAUCUCAACCGGACACAUGGUGCUGUCUUAUAUGGAGGAUCAUCUGCGUAACAAGGGACGACUACAGCGGGAGUGGGAGGCUUUGUGCCGCUAUGAAGCGGAGCCAAGUGCUCGGGAUGCCGCCUCCCAACCGCAGUGCGCCAAUCUGAAUCGACCUGGCGCACCUUUGCCCUAUGAUCAUUCGCGGGUGGUGCUCAACCAUCUGGCGAACGCCGAAGGACUGGACUAUGUGAAUGCCUCAACGAUUACCGAUCAUGAUCCGCGCGCUCCCGCUUAUGUGGCAGCUCAGGGACCGCUGCCCUCGACCCUGGCGCAUUUCUGGCAAAUGAUUUGGGAGCAGGGCGCCGUUGUCAUCGUGGCGCUGUGUCGUCUGCAGGAGAAUGGUGACGUUGCUUGUGCGCGCUACUGGCCGGAAGAAGGUGCCGAGGUCUAUCACAUCUAUGAGGUUCACUUGGUUAGCGAACACAUUUGGUGUGACGAUUACCUCGUACGUUCUUUCUACCUGAAAAAUCUGCGCACCAGCGAAACACGCACCGUCACCCAGUUCCACUUCCUCUCCUGGCCCCAGAAUGGUGUGCCACCCCAGGCUAAGGCGCUGCUCGACUUCCGACGCAAGGUGAACAAAUCGUAUCGCGGUCGCUCGUGCCCCAUUGUGGUGCAUGGCAGCGCUGGCGCCGGACGCACUGGCUCCUACAUACUGUUGGAUCUGGUGCUAGGACGCAUGAACAAAGGCGCACGCGAAAUCGACAUUGCCGCCACGCUCGAGCAUCUGCGCGAUCAGCGAGCUGGCGUCGUGGCCACUCGACUGCAGUUUGAGUUUGUGCUGAUGGCCGUCGCCGAAGAGGUGCACGCCAUACUGAAGGCUCUGCCGGCGAACACAUCAGGCGAGAAGCGCGAACUGGACAAGGAUGCUGGCGGAGCCACCAAGGAGCCGCUGAAGGAGGACAAGGCGCAGGAGGCAGCCGAGGAAGAGGCGCCCACCAGCAGCAGCAAAGCGGCCGCCAAGGAGAAGGAGAAGGAAAAGGAUAAGAAGGGAAAGGAUAAGGAGAAAGAGAAAGAAAAAGAGAAGGAGAAGGAGCAGACAAAGGCAGCCGCUGAGCAAAAGACGCCAGCGAAGACGACGUCGGCCAAGCAAACAACGGCCAAGAAGUAAAGAGAGGGAGAGACGUCGAAAACAACAACUUUUAGUUAAAAAAUCUGUUUGUUGCAGCGUUUCGGGGGUCCUUUUUAUGUCUUAUUAUAAACUUAUAUAAAUAUUAGUUGUUGUUGUAGCUAGAUUUAAACAGUAUACGUUUCCACAACACAACACAACAAUACACAGAGAACAACACAACACACUACACAUAUGAUUUGGCAUAAGCACUUGGAAGGUUCGAAACGGGCUCAAUAUGGUCGGCUAGCGUUGGAUACAAAACAAAACACACAAACAGACACAAAUUACACAGUUCAGUUGAAGCAAAACCAAAAAAACAAAACAAAA